AUGGCACAGCCUUCGUCGAGAAAACAAAAGGUCGUCAUCGUCGGAGCGGGGCCGGUUGGCUCGCUUGCGGCGCUCUAUGCUGCGGCGAGAGGCGACGAUGUUGAGUUAUAUGAAUUGCGAGGGGAUCUUCGGGACCCUGACACCAUUCCAUUGAACUUCACAAAGUCCAUCAACCUUGCACUCUCCGAACGAGGCAUUACGUCCAUGCGGUCCUCGAAUCGCGAAUCUCUGAUCCACAAGGUCCUCGACGAGUCGAUUCCUAUGCACGGCCGCAUGAUUCAUGGUCGGGACAGUGGCAAGCUCUGGGAGGAUGCGCAGCAGUAUGACGUUCAUGGUCGGGCCAUCAAUGCUGUAGAUCGAGGCGCUCUGAACAAUGCGCUCCUCGACGAGCUCGAGAGCACGCCAAACGUCAAGAUGUACUUCAACCACAAGCUGACAGGCGCCGACUUUCGCACCAAUAAAGCCUGGUUCGAACGUCGGACGCCGGGAGAAACUCCCCCGUCGGGAUCUGGCAAUCGAGUCCCGGAGAUCGAAGUAGACUUUGAUUAUCUCAUUGGCGCUGACGGCGCCCACUCGGCGUCGCGAUACCACAUGAUGAAGUUCUCGCGAGUAGACUACCAGCAGGAGUACAUCGACACCCUAUGGUGCGAGUUUCGCAUCCCACCCAGCGAAACCGGCGACUUCCGCAUCUCGCCCAACCAUCUGCACAUCUGGCCUGGAAAGGAGUUCAUGUUCAUCGCCAUCCCGUCCGCCAACAAAUCAUUUACCUGCACGCUGUUCGCCCCAGCCAUCCACUACGCGCAACUGACCGACUCCUCCGAGGACCUAUUGGAGUUCUUCGACCUCCACUUCCCCGGCGUCUGCCCGAACCUGAUUACCCCAGAGGCCCUGCACGAGCAAUUUACCAUCAACCCCCACCUCCCCUUGAUCAGCAUCAAGUGCAAGCCGCAUCACUACGGGUCCAGCGUGGUCAUUGUGGGCGACGCGGCCCAUGCCGUGCUUCCUUUUUACGGCCAGGGUCUCAACGCCGGUCUCGAGGACAUCCGCAUCUUGUUCGAAUCCCUGGAUCAGCAUGGGGUCUACGAUCUGGACGCAACCCUCGAAUCACGGAGCCAGUCCCGCGAAACCGCCUUCCAGGCGUAUACCGAUCAGCGCUUAGCCGACACCCACGCCAUCAACGAUCUCUCCAAGCAGAAUUACCUCGAGAUGCGCUGGGGCGUCAAGCUGCCGCUCUACCGACUACGCAAGACGAUUGAGGAAUCGCUGGACCGCCAUUUCCCUAGCCUGGGCUGGCAAACGCAGUACGCCCGCGUCAGCUUCAGCAACCAGCGCUAUUCGGAAGUCAUUACAGCUGUCCACCGCCAGGGUCGCCUGCUAGGCUACGGACUCCUCUCUGCGCUAGUCUCAGCCGCGGCAGCAGCCAGUAUUCUGGCGUGGAAGUAUCCCGGUUCUUUCUCGCCUUUGUCUGUGCUACGGUGCUCGCUGCGACGCCUCGGAGGUCUUUUUCGCCGAGGUACUGCCUAA